UGGCGGAUUGUGCAGCAAAUACUGUACUAGUUAGAGUGUUGUCGUUGUUAAGAGCAAUUGAGAUAUAAGCAAGAAGUUGUAAGCUCGCAUAAGUAGUAAAGCAUUAAAUUGUUUGAAUUAGAAAUAAAGAUAACUGCAUAGCCAUAAAAUUGGGACAAUUUAACAAUCCAGUGAUCGGACUCAAGACUGCGUUACAGGUAGACGAUUUAUCGAGAAAUCCGUUACAAUAUUGAUAUUAUUAAUUGUUUUCAUACCAUCACCGGUUGUUUACUUCUUUGUGCACAGCUGAUAGAGCACGGCAAAAAUAUAAAAAAAAGAUGUAAAAGUAAAAUAACCCGAUUGCGAUGGAUAUAACUACUUUUAUACGAAAGAUGCCAAAGAUUGAAUUACAUGCACAUCUCAACGGAUCAUUAUGUACUCAAUCAAUUCAAGAGUUGUGCGAACAGCUGUACGGUGUGAAUUCCAAUGAAAUACUUUUACUCAGCGAUAACUACUAAAAGGGGACUACAAUUAGCUACUGAGCUAACGAUAAGAGAUUUUGCAAAGGAUAAUGUGAUUUAUUUAGAAUUACGAACAACUCCUAAGAAAAAUGCGGAAAUGUCUAAACUAGAAUAUGUGGAUAGUGUUUUGGAGGCCAUGGAACGAUCGGAGAAAACUGAAAGUACUCGUGUAAAUUUGUUGCUAUCUAUUGAUAGAAGUAAGAGCGUAGCUGAUGCUGAAGAAACAGUUAAUAUUGCAUUGCAACUACAGGACACAUAUAAAGGCAUUAUCUCAGGUAUUGACUUCAGCGGUAAUCCGAAACUGGGUAAUUUUGCAGAUUUUAUACCAGUUUUGGAAAAAGCUCGACAAAAUAAUUUAAAGUUGUCUUUACAUUGUGCAGAAAUUGACAAUGCAACAGAAAUUGAUCAAAUGAUUAAAUUUGGCAUGGAACGUUGUGGUCAUGGUACUUUUCUAAGUGAGCUUCAACUAAAUGAAAUAUGUAGAAAAAAUAUAGCCAUCGAAUGUUGUUUGACGAGUAAUGUAAAAUGUUCAACUGUAAGAAGUUACAAUGAUCAUCAUUUUAAACACAUUUUUAAUGCCAAAAAAGCGCCAGUAAUACUAUGCACUGACGAUUGCGGUAUUUUCGACACCACCUUGUCAAACGAAUUCGUAUUAGCAAAAAACACUUUUAAUUUAAAGAAAACCGAUUUACUACAACUUUCAUUGAAUGCCGUAGAAUUUGCUUUCACAUAUGAAUACAUUAAAUACGAUUUAAAGCAAAGAAUUCGCCAUUACUUUGAAACUCAAAGUGAACCAGAAUCGAAAACUUAAAGUAUUGACAAAAUAUUCGGUAAAUACUGUAUAAUGUUAUAAUAUUUUGAUAAAUAUAAGGUUAUUUUACGAAAUAAAAAUCACAAAACCGCAGAUAUUACUUUGAGUAGAAAAUAAAGUAAUUUUUCAUACAAACGUAUAUUUUUAGAAAUUAAAGCAAAUGCAAAUUAAAAAGUUAUUUUUAACGAUAUAUAUGUACAUAUAUACGAAAUAUAUGUGUUAUAAUAUAAUUAGAAAGAGCUAAACUCCUACGUAGUAUAUGUAUUUGUAUGGUUUUCCAGAGAGUUUUCAAUUUUCUAAAAAGCUUUGCGAUAUACACAAUUCUCCUCUAUACUCGACUUGAUACAGAAGUUAAAUCGAUAAUUUCUAUCGACUGUAGGAACUGUUUAAAAAAUCAUCGUUUUUGCAUUUGUUGUUUUUUUUUAAUACUUUGCUUUGAUAAGUGCAUAUUUAUAUUUAAGUUUAUUUGCUAAGCAAAACAUUCAUUUGCUGAUAUUCUAAUUGUUCGUUUCAUUAUGCAGUCGCUCGUUAAUAUAACUAAAUUUCUAGGCCGCCAUGGUACUCUUCAGAAUCCUGCAAUAAGGGGUAUUGCCUGUUUAUCUGCACUUCCUGAUACUCAUCAAAUGUUACAGAAAACAUGUAGAGAUUUUGUUAACGCCGAAAUAGUACCAAAAGCAGCUAAACAUGAUCGUGAACAUUUAUAUCCGGAAGAUCAGUUAAAAAAAAUGGGUCAACUUGGACUUAUGGCUAUAACAACUCCGGAAGAAUUUGGCGGCACGGGUUUAGAUUAUUUGGCAUAUAGUAUUGCAAUGGAAGAAAUAUCUCGUGGAUGUGCAUCAUGUGGUGUGAUAAUGUCUGUUAAUAAUUCCCUAUUUUUAGGGCCAAUUCUUGCAUAUGGAACACAAAAACAAAAAGAUUUUUGGUUGAAACCUUACACAUCUGGAGACAAAGUCGGCUUUUUUGCGCUAUCGGAACCUGGAAAUGGUUCAGAUGCAGGAGCUGCUUCUACAACCGCAACGGAAAAGAGUGAUCGCUAUAUUUUGAAUGGUACGAAAAUGUGGAUAACCAGUGGUUAUGAAGCUGGAGCUGGCAUAGUUUUCGCCACUACAGAUAAAUCUUUGAAGCACAAAGGCAUAUCAGCGUUUAUCGUACCCAAAGGUUUAAAAGGUUUUACGCUUGGAAAAAAAGAGGACAAAUUAGGAAUACGAGCAAGUUCCACAUGCCAGCUAAUUUUUGAAGAUUGCGAAAUUCCAAAAGAAAAUAUUUUAGGUAGGCCUGGUUAUGGAUUCAAAAUUGCAAUGCAAUCUUUGGAUGGAGGUCGAAUUGGGAUUGCAAGUCAAGCGCUAGGUAUAGCUCAAGCCUCGCUAGAACUGGCAACGAAUUAUGCGCAAAAUCGUAAUUCUUUUGGCAAACCAAUUGCUAAAUUACAAAUUAUCCAACAAAAGCUGGCGGACAUGGCGCUGAGGGUAGAAUCAUCGCGAUUACUAGUUUGGCGUACAGCUUGGCUGAAAGAUAAUGGUAAAUCAUAUACGAAAGAAGCGGCAAUGGCAAAAGUGGCAGCAUCUGAAGCAGCUACAUUCUGUUCACAUCAAUGCAUUCAAGUUUUAGGAGGCAUGGGUUACGUAAGCGAUAUGGCAGCUGAGCGUUUCUAUCGUGAUGCACGUAUUACCGAGAUAUACGAAGGUACAUCCGAAAUACAACGUCUGGUAAUAGCCGGACAGGUACUGAAAGAACUUGCUGCUUAAUGGUUAAUUAGCAGAGAAUUGUGUACAAUUAUAUAACUAUUCCCGUGGGCAUUUUUUCUUUUUUGUUUCAAGCAUAAAUAUUCUACAACAUACAUGGAGCCUGAUAAUAGUUAGUUAAGAUAAAAAGUUUUUACAAUUAAUUUAUAUUGUUUUAUAAAUAAAUACAUAAUCGGAUAUCUGUA